AUGCCUCGAAGCUGUUGUGUGUAUUCCUGUACAAACAACUGUCAGAAUCACCCUGAAUUGAAAUUCUAUAUUAUUCCACAUUAUAAACUUAGAAGAAAAUCAUUGCUGAGGGCAAUAAAUAGGAGCGAUAUCAUAGAUAAGAAUAAGACUUGGUCACCCAAGUCCAGAUAUCAUUAUGUUUGUUCACAACAUUUUAUAUCAGGGCAAAAAAGCAACUAUGCAAACGACCCUGACUACAUUCCAUCGAUUAUGCCUCACAAGCAGAGACCACCGAGCUUAUAUACUCCUAAACGAAAGUUAUCAGGAUUUGAUCGACAUCAAAGGAGGCAAAGAAAAUUGGCCUUGAAAGUGUCUACAGAAACAACGAAAUAA